GGUUGUUUGAAAAGGAGGGAACAUCCCCAGGCAACGUCACUUCCUGUUGCGGAAGCUAGUUAUAGCGGAUAACCUGGCAGCGAGGGUCCUCAGUUGCCAGUCCACUGAACAGCGUUGCUAGGGAAGCUGCAGACGGCACUUGCCCUGCCCUGCCGCUCCAACUCGUGCUUUAGAUUGAGGCAGAAGUCCACAGACUGAAACAGCGCCUCGUGCCGUGUGUUGGACGUUUUGGAAUAGUAAGACGAAUUUCAGUGCUCACCGUAGUAUCUGAGAACGAGAAAAAUGGAAAUCUACGGACUGAAAACGGUGGUGAUGUCUGCCCUACUGACAUUAGCCCUCGCCUCCACCUCUACCGGAUUCAAGCAGUUCACCACUGACGACGUGGAAGACUGCGCCGUGGAUUUUAAGGGGAGACUGCUGCGUCGCUUCCGGCCGUACUUCAAACCGAAACGGUCCCUGAAGCCCUUCAAGACGCGGCGCAGCUCCUUCGGGCUGGGGUUCGGGGAGGGCUCGUCUGGGUGCCCGUCCGUCCAGCGGCCGGCCUCGCGGUUUGUGGAGGAGCGGGACCCGCACACGGGCCAGCCGCUGGAGAUCGUCAGGUGUGUGGUGUUCAUGGGCAAGAUCUACGAGCAGAAGAUCCACGAGGUCACGUGUCUCAGCGAGGGGCUGCCGUGCAGAUGGAAUCCACAUCAAUCCAGCGGUUCUGGUGACCUCAGCACGUGCGCACAGCUGUCGGUUGUCAAGGACGCGGUGCUGACCAAUGGUAGACGGUUUUUCAUCCGGCCAAUCAGAGUGAAGUCGUGCUGUCAAUGCCGCGCUAAGAUGUGGCCUUACGUCCUGAACAUCAAAAGAAUCAAGUAUUCAUGACUAGAACACUGGCUUACAAACUAAACCACUGUUUUUGUCCCGAUGUAACAUUUAUUGGGACAAAUUUUUACGCGAUGUUUUAAGUUGAUACAACAUUGCCAGUUCCUGUGCCAUUUUGAGGAUCUUUGGCGCCUGCUAAUGCAACAAAGUGUCCGUAAAAACUUCAUACGCUGACAUUUUUGGUUUGAGCAGGCAGUAAGUCCUCAUUUACGGUUUAUGGAACGUCCUGUCAUUUUUGUAAGAAUAACAAAAGUCAGAAGUCCAAAACCGGCACAGAAAUCACGUCGAAAAUCCGACGUCAUCGACUUGAUUACUGCCGUUGUCAUGGUACCGACCGUACGUCGUCAUGGUACCGAUCGCGAGUUUCUCUAAAAGAUUGAGAACAUAGAAAAACGAAGAUAAAAAAAAAAAGAAUACAGAGAACAAUAAAGUUAAGCGCUGAAACGUAACCUGCUCUGCCAAAUCGCAGCAAAUAUUGAAAAGCAGCCAAAGGUCUCAUCAAUUUAGACAAUUUAGCUCAGCAAAGACAUGCUUUGGUACGCUUAGGGUUUGGUGCAUAACACCGAACUUAGAUCAUUACCAUCAGAAAAGCUUUUACACUACCAGGCAUUUCUACAUGUUUUAAAACUCUUCAUCACGUUUCUUUAUGUAUCGAGGUGAUGCCUUGAAGCAAGAAUGACCGCUUUAUGUUGAAGCAUGCCUUCAUGUAUAACUGGAGGUACCAUAAUGUGUAGGGCCAAUAGGAACGGAAAGCAGGGACAUACUCGAACAUCACACAGUGGAGGAACAUUGUGAUGUUCAGCACCGCGUGCCAAGAGAUACAGACGAAAGUACAGAUAACAUCAGGACUGUUUCAAACGUAGGAUACAGGAUCGAAGAGACGUGGUCGAAGCCUGAAAAUAGUCCUCGAGAGGAAUUCGUCUGGUAUGUUAUGGAAUAGUCCACCGAUGGACCAUAUUUAAAGGGAGGACAACCCGAUUUAGAACGAAAAAUUCCAAUUUAAUGAAGAUAUUUCUGCGUAGCCGGGGGCACAUGCCUUGAAUGACCUCAAGGGGGCUCAGUUUCUAGACAGAGGUUAUUGCAGGCCAUGUUUCCAAAACAGUACACUUACAGAUGUACUGUAUCUAUCUCAUAGCCUGGUACCAUCCUAGAACAUCGAUCCUGUGGUGGUCCGGUAAAGUACAUCCGGUAAAGUCCGGCAAAGUACAUCUGUAACUACAAUGUUACCAGGCUAGCUAGUAAACUCUGAAAAGACCGACCAUUGGCUUUCAAGAAAAAAGCGCUAGGGAAACGAUCUGGACCUACAAAAGUAAAUGGAUACUGCAAAAAUAGCUACUUCGUCAUAAUCAUGUUGCUCGGUAAGUACCGGGGUGCCACACAACAAAAAGGAUGGAUUGAACAUCAUUAUUCCAUUUUUGGCCAGAAAGCAAAAGAAUCGGCUUAUCUUUAGUACUGUGCCAUGAGUCACCAAGCCUGGACUAAGCUACCUAUCAUCGGGUUUGCGCAUUCCGAAGUUAAGGAUACCUUAACAAGCUACGAAAUUUCCCAUUCAUCGUGGGUAUACCAUGAGUUGUUGUGGCAAAUCUAACAUCCUGCUGUAACAACUAACGGCACGGUCACAUCGUCAUAGGUCGUCGUGCGAUUUUGGUGUCGUAGAAGCUUUCAAGCAGACGGUGACAGAACCAACCGUAUCGGACAGCUUUGCUCGAAACAUGACUGCUGAAUUUUGUGCGACACAUGCAUGAUUAUCCUAUUAAAGAAUCCCCUCAUCAGUUUGUGAUCGUACGACGAUCGUGCGACAUGUGUGACCGCUUCCAAAGCUAAUAAGAUACAACAUUUACAGCGGGUUCACUGACAUCUCCAUGCCAAGAUGGGGGAUCGUUGAACUGAUGGCGUGGGUAAAAAGGGGGUCGGAUAGUCCGCUUGACCUGGUCACUCAUCUGUACCGGCUGUUUCACGACUGAGUGUAUGUUAUAUCCCGCAAGUGAUUACCUUACACAUGGUCAUGGGCAAAAGGUGCAAAUCAACGAUACGCCAACAUUUAAUCUAACCGCUAGUACAGGGAAAUAAAGAGUAUCUUGUGCAUGCGAAGAAGAAGAGAAAAGGCAUGUUAGAAUCAGAAUUGAUAAUUAUGUUGAAGAAAACUGCUUCCUCUCUUUUUGAAGGAGACAAUAGUCAUGACCUUUGUUGCGGACUAGAUGUCGUAGUUGUUCCAUUAACGUGUAAACAAUAUAUCCGGACUAUUUGUGUGGCAAUUGAGAGCCGCACGCCCUGUAUCGCUUUUUGAUGGGUUGCGCCAUUGACAUUGUUCAACUGUGCGGUGUAUAUCGUAGUUAUGUGACAGACUGCAAUAUAGGAAUACACAUACUAAUAAAACAGCGGAAAUGGCCAAGCACAAA